AUGUCGCUCGCCAGAAGGGCUUUUCUGGCCACUUCUCCUUCACGUCCCCUUUUUGUAGCCCAGCGCAGAGCUGCUUCAUCCUCGUCCCAUGACCACCACGAUGACCACCAUCAUCACGCAGAGGACUCGACUGUGUAUCCUCCCGAAAGUACCAAUGCAGCGUUUGGAAACUCGUUCUGGAGAAAUGUUGUUCUGGCCUCAAUAGCCACCGUCGCCGUCUUCAAAUAUGCACCCUCCGCAGGCGACGAUGUUUACCUCUCGCAAUGGAUUGCGUUGUACACUGCCCCACGCGACUACUGGCUCACAUUAAAUGCCAAACACAGUGCACAGUCUGCAGAGCUGGCUGCAGACACCAGGCUGGUCAAUGACGCAACCCGUCCUAUCAUCCACCGCUAUGUUAACCCUCAGUCGCUAUCGCAGGCAUCGCCGUUUUUGAAUGGAGUCGGACGGACGGUAGACAUGAGUGGUGUCGUGCCCAAGACCACGGUGUAG